AUGGUUGUAACAAUAUCCAGAUUUCAUUUGAUUCCUUCUUCCUUCAAAUUUUGUCAAGUAUCUCACCACCCGCUUAAUCACCAUGUACCCCGCGCAUGCGGCUCACCUUCCGAAUUACGCUCAGUGUUCCACAAUUUUCCCAAUAAGAAAGACAUAUUCCUCUACAAUGCGCUUUUCAGCAGCUACGUGCUCUACCGAUACAUCAUUUUGCUCUUCGUUGAAUUGGUUUCCGUGGCAGGACUUCUGCCGGACAAUUUCACGCUGUCGUGUGCUGUCAAGGCCUGCAUUGGGCUCAUAGAGGUGGAGCUCAGGGAAGUGCUUCACGCGCUUGCUUUGAAGCUAGGACUGUGCUCUGAUUCUUUUGUGGGAAAUGCGCUUAUUGUUAUGUAUGAUAAGUGUGGGUUUGUAGAGAGUGCGUUCAAGGUAUUUGAGAAAAUGUCUCGAAGAAACUUGGUUUCGUGGAACUCGAUUAUGCUUAUGUUCUCGGAGAAUAGACUUUUUGGUGAGAUUUGUGGUCUGUUUAAGGAGGUUUUGUUGAAUGGUGGUAGUGAUGAAGGUUCGGUUCCUGGUAUUACUACUAUGGUCACAAUGGUUCCUAUGGUGGCUGCAAUGAGUGAAGUGAAUUUGGGGAUGCUGCUUCAUGGUUUGGCUUUGAAAUUGAGUUUUUGAAAUUGGGACACUUACCGAAGAGUUGAAAGAAUAUUUAGAGAGAGAAAGAGAUAGAGAGAAAGAGAGAGAGAAAGAGAGAAAGAGAGUGAGUGAGAGAGGAUGAUGGUGGUAGUGAUGGAGACAAUUUGGGAUUUUUGAAUAGUUUUUUAAGGUUUGGAUAUUUCCAUCACACAGAACCCAUUUUUUUAUGGAUACAAUGGUCGUUUUCU